GGACGGGCUGGCGCGUCGCGGGCGCGGGCGGUGCGUUUGAAUCCUGUCCGAGCGCGGGAAACGGCGGGUCCUGGGCGAGGAUUGUCAGGUGGGAUCUUCUUGUUGGAGGAGCGGCAUCUUAGGAAGAGAGUGUGGAAUUCAGCUGCGAGGAUCAACCAGUGUCUGAUGAAUUAGCUCGGGUCUUCCAGAGCCACCAUCUGAGAUACUAAAGGGGAGAGGGUUUAUAAAACAAAUGCCAUUAGAACAGUUUCAUCUGUCAUGGAAAAACGUGAGACAUUUGUACAUGCAGUGUCGAAGGAGCUGGCUGAGGAGUUUCUGCAGUUCAUUCGACUUGAUAAAGAUGCUUCUGACCCUUUUAGCUUAAAUGAAUUACUAGAUGAAUUAUCAAGGAAACAGAAGGAGGAAUUAUGGCAGAGGCUGAAGGACUUACUAACAGAGACAUUGUUAGAAAGCCCUGUGGAUAAAUGGCAGACAGCGGAAGUCCAGGGUGAAGAUGAUAUGGAGUUUGAACAUGGCCCAAAGAUGAAAAAGAGCAUAGAAAUAACACAUGGGAUUACAUCUGUGAUUCUUGCUUCUAUAUCCGUUAUAAAUGAACAUGAGAACUACGCAGCCCUACUAGAGUGUGCCAUCAUAUUAAGUGGUAUUCUAUAUGCGUUACCUGAGUCUGAACGAAAGCUCCAGAGCUCCAUUCAGGAUCUGUGCGUCAGAUGGUGGGAGAAGGGCCUGCCUGCCAAGGAAGACAUGGGGAAGACUGCUUUUAUCAUGCUUCUGAGGAGGAGUCUGAAGACUAAAACAGGUGCAGAUGUAUGCCGGCUCUGGCAUAUUCACCAGGCUUUAUAUUGCUUUGGUUAUGAUUUGGAAGAAAGUAGGGAAAUUAAAGAUAUGCUCCUUGAGUGCUUCAUAAAUGUUAACUACAUCAAGAAAGAAGAGGGAAGAAGAUUUCUUAGUUUUCUCUUCAGUUGGAAUAUAAACUUUAUUAAAAUGAUCCAUGGGACCAUUAAAAACCAGUUAUCAGGAUUUCCAAAGUCUUUGAUGGGACACAUUGCAGAAAUUUAUUUCAGAGCUUGGAAAAAGACUUCAGGGAAAAUACUGGAGACUAUUGAAAAUGACUGCAUCCAGGACUUCAUGUAUCAUGGCAUCCACCUUCCAAGGAAGUCUCCAGUGCAUUCCAAAGUACGGGAGGUGCUGAGUUACUUUCACCAACAGAAAGUCCGUCAGGGAGUGGAAGAAAUGUUGUACAGAUUAUAUAAACCUAUCCUGUGGAGAGGACUAAAGGCUAGAAACUCUGAAGUUCGAUCAAAUGCUGCAUUGUUGUUUGUGGAAGCAUUUCCUAUUAGAGACCCAAACUUCCUUGCCACUGAAAUGGACAGUGAAAUUCAGAAGCAGUUUGAAGAACUGUAUAGCCUUUUAGAAGAUCCAUAUCCAAUGGUUCGUUCCACAGGCAUCCUUGGUGUUUGUAAAAUAACUUGCAAAUACUGGGAAAUGAUGCCCCCCACCAUUCUUGUUGACCUCCUGAAGAAAGUCACAGGAGAGCUAGCAUUUGAUACAAGCUCAGCUGAUGUUCGUUGUUCCAUCUUUAAGUGUCUGCCAAUUAUUUUGGAUAACAAGCUGAGCCAUCCGUUAUUAGAACAACUUUUACCACCUCUCAGAUACAGUCUCCAUGAUAAUUCAGAGAAGGUGAGAGUGGCUUUUGUGGACUUGCUGCUGAAAAUCAAAGCUGUGAGAGCUGCAAAGUUUUGGAAAAUAUGUCCCAUGGAGGACAUUUUGAUUCGUCUGGAAAUGGAUGCUCGACCCGUGUCUCGGCGCCUGGUGAGCCUCAUCUUCAAUUCUUUCCUGCCUGUGAACCAGCCAGAAGAGAUCUGGUGCGAGCGCUGUGUCACACUGAUCCAGAUGAACCGGGCAGCUGCCAGGAAGUUCUAUCAGUAUGCCCACGAGCACACCGCCUGCACCAACAUAGCAAAGCUCAUUCAUGUCAUUCGCCACUGCUUGAAUGCUUGCAUCCAAAGAGCUCUGAGGGAGCAUCGGGAGACCUAUGAGGAGUGUGAGAAAGAGAACGCCAGUGUACUGGACAAAACACUUUCUGUGAAUGACAUUGGGUCCAUGGCAGGGUUACUAGAAAUCAUUGUGAUCCUCUGGAAAAGCAUUCAUAGAAGUCUGGAAAAUAAUAAAGAGGCCAAAGUUUACACCAUUAACAAGUUUGCUUCUGCGCUCCCAGAGUACUUGAAGGUAUUCAAGGAUGAGCGCUGCAAGAUCCCUUUAUUCAUGCUCAUGUCCUUCUUGCCAGCAUCAGCUGUCCCUGCGUUCAGCUGUGGUGUGAUUUCUGUCCUGAGAAACCAUGAGGAGAGCACUGCAGGAAGUAGCUAUUGCACCUUGCUGGAUUGUCUCUGCUCCUGGGGACAGAUGGGACAUGUCUUAGAGCUCAUUGAUGACUGGCUCCCCGUGGAGCCACCCCAGGACAAGAGUAAUUUGUCCUGUAAGCGUAAAGUGCAAAUCCAUGACACCCACCCAGCCAAACCUGAAUUAGCAUUAUUGUACAUAGAGUAUUUGCUGACUCAUCCAAAGAAUCGAGAGUGCCUACUCUCUGCACCCCAGAAGAAACUUAACCAUAUUUUGAAAGCACUUGAGAUGUCAAAGGCAGAUCUGGAAUCGCUUCUUCAAUCUCCAGCUGGGAAUCCCCCUAACUUCAGUAAAGCAGCUGCCCUACAUGCAUUUGGUCUACACUGUAGGCUGAGUGUCCAUGUUCAAUACAAGUUCUCUUCAGAAGAGAAGAUACAUCUGUCCAUCUUGGACAACACUGGGUCUUGGUUAGAAAGUAAAAUUUUACCACUUCUUCAAGAUCAAGAAGAAGAGCAUCUGAAGCUUCACAGGGAUGUCUAUCAGCAGAUUAUCCAGACUUACCUGACUGUGUGUAAAGACGUUAUCAUGGUUGGCCUUGGGGGUCCAACGUUUCAGAUUCAGCUUUUACAACGGAGUCUUGGAAUCAUGCAAACAGUGAAAGAAUUUUUUUAUGUCUCAUUACUUCUUGGCAUUCUGAAGGAAGUGACUAGAGGUCCCUUGAUUCAGAAAACAGACUCAGGUGAUGAAGUUACAACAUUGCUUGACUCAGUCCAGGAAGUGUUUCAGAAAAUGUUGGAAUGUGUUGCCUGGACCUUCAGGAAGCAACCGGAAGAAAGCAUGCUGCUCCUUUAUUCUGUUGAGACUCCUCUUCAUGAAUUUAUCUCCACGGUCCAGUCCUGGCACAAAGGCACUGUAGUCCACCGGGGUGUGCUUUCUACUCUGAUUGCUGCGCCUGUGGUUGAGAUAAGUCAUCAACUGCGGAAGGUUUCUAACAUAGAAGAGUUGACCUCACCACAGUGUCUCGCUGACCUUCCACCAUUUUCAAGGUGUUUAGUGAGAGUAAUAACGAAGUCUUCAGAUGUGGUCAGAUCAUUUUUGGAAGAGCUAAAGGCGUGUGUGACUUCUGGCGAUAUUGAAGGCAUUGUAUGUCUCACAGCUGUUCUGCAUAUUAUUUUGGUUAUUAACAAAGGUAAACAGAAAAAUUCAAAGGUGAAGGAGGCUGCAGCCACAGUGCAUAGAAAGCUGAAGACAUUCAUGGAGAUUACUCUGGAAGAGGAUAGCCUUGAAAGGUUCCUGUAUGAAUCGUCAAUGAGAACUUUGGGAGAAUUUCUAAAUUCGUGACCAAGCCAUCUUUGGGUGUAGAUAGAGAAAAGGACUCACAAUAGUGAAAUAUUUCUGUAUUUUCAUGGCUUUUUCUCUUGCAAGGCUAAGCCUGGAGGUCUGGUAAGGACCAUGGCUGGGUCUGGAGCUUCCCAAAAGUGAAGACUGAUACAGCACGUGUUCUCCACUGUGCCUUUAACCAGCUGGCAGAAACCAACAAAGAGCAGAGAUGGAGAGAUGGGAAGGUCAACUGUGGGAGGGAAGGUCAAAUGGGAGGAAGGCUGGCAUGCAGCUCACUGUUCUUCCCAAGGUUUUGGUGAUAACUUACAAGAAGCAUGGCCUGGUUCAGCUCUGGAGUUGGUUGGCCUGUUAUAGUAUCUGUUAGGAAAUUUUACCGUAAACCAGCAGGGUUACCAUUAGCAUACAUAGAAUCUCUGUAAAUGACAAAAAGGACUACUUCGUCCAAACACUGCUGCCAUCUGUUGUACAUUUGUAAUAAAUACAUAAAUCUGCUGCCCUUA